UUUUGUACAGUGAUUUUUACAUGAAAUGGUGCUAGAGGGUAACAAAUAUAUUAUUUGCUCGAGAAAUGUUAACGGCCAUAGUUUCCAUUUGUGCAGUUUAUUUUAUGGUUCACAAAAACGUAUUUGUUGAAGCAAAACUUACGUAUGCUACUUAUAGGGUUGAUAAAACAAGAGCAACGCCUUACCAACCAUACAUCAUCGCCAAAACCUGUAUGCUGAUACCAGACAAGGGCCCCUGCAGGGCGGAAAUCCCGAUGUACUACUUCGAACCCAAAUACCAAAAUUGCAGCACCUUUCAUUGGGGAGGUUGCCAAGGAAAUGGGAAUAGGUUCGACACGAAUGAGGAAUGUAUCACGAGCUGCUUGAGUCGCCCUAACCAUCCUAAAACGCGGCCAAAGUGGUGCAGUUUGACUUUCGACUACGGGUUUUGCUUCGGUGCUAUAAACAGGUGGUAUUACGACCCGCUCUGGAAAGUUUGCAAGCAAAGGAUCUAUUCUGGAUGUGGAGGGAACAAGAAUAACUUUUAUAAUCAAGAACAGUGUGAUUCAAUAUGCAAAUUUGGAAAAGGCGUUAUUGAUUAUGCGAAAGAGAGUAAGGGUAGCCAUAUCAAAAGAAUUCUUAUCGUCAAUCCAUGGAAUGCUACCACCAAGAGGAGUAAGGUUCAAGUUACCACGCAAUCGACUUCAAAUAAGUCUCCUUUCAGCUUCGCCGCAGUCGGUUAAAAAGAACUCAGAUGUAGCAAUUUAUUUUAUUUUUAUUUUAGUUUUGGUCUAUUUGUUAUCCUGUUAUUUUCAAUCAUAGGCAAAGAUGUGAAGUUUAAAUUUCAAAGU